GUUUGGAGUGGUACCUGGUUAGAGUGGAGCUGACUGUGACUGAUGUAAACGACAACAUCCCAGAAUGGAGCAUGGUUCCUGCUCCCUACCUUGCAGUGGUUUCCCCAGAUGCGACUGCAGGAUCACUGGUCUACAAACUCAUUGCUCAGGAUGGAGACGAAGGUCUUAAUGGUGAAGUGGAGUACUUCCUGUCUGAUGGUGGCGAUGGUCGAUUUGAAGUGGACAGGAAGAGUGGCCAGAUACGGACGACGGGGCUUCCUCUGCAGCGUGACAGAGAGUACCUGCUGACGGUGGUGGCAGCCGACGGGCUGGGCAGCCGCAGUGCCCCUGCCAUCAUAUCUGUGGUGGCUGGAGCCCGGCCACCGCAGUUUACUAAUGCCUCCUUCACCAUCGCUAUACCGGAAAACACGCCGGAAGGACAGCCGUUUCUGGUGACACCUGCUGUGUCCUUCCAAAAGAAACCAAUCAGCUACAGCCUCCUCAUCAAUCCCAGCAGUCUGUUCUCCAUCUCGGCAGACACGGGCGAAAUCAGCCUGACCCGCACCAUCGAUUACGAGAGUGACCAACAUCGUUAUUUGCUCCUGGUGCGGGCCAGCGAGGGCCAGGACAGCAUGAGCAGUGCAGCGGAGGUGCGAGUUGUCAUCGUUGAUGAGAACGACUGCGUUCCAGAAUUCCUGCAGUCGAUUUACAGCAAAGACGGCGUUCCGGAGACGGUCACAACGGCAACCUCCUUGUUGCAAGUGUCCGCCAACGACUGCGACUCUGGACCGAAUGCCGACCUGACCUAUUACACCCUGAGUCCAGAUUUUAUCAUUUCUCCUCACGGGACCAUCUUCCCAGCAGGACCUCUGGACUACGAGAGACCCAAUCACCUGUAUGAGUUUGUCGUCAUGGCAGUUGACAAGGGAGAGGUCCCUCGGACGGGAACGACGACGGUACGAAUUAGGAUGGCCAACGUGAACGACGAGGCACCUGAGUUUUCCCAACAUAUAUACCGGACGUUUGUGUCAGAAGAUGCGGGGCCCAACACACUUGUUGCCACGGUGCUGGCAAAGGACCCUGAUGGGGAUGGGAUCACGUACAAAAUCACCACAGGAAAUGAUGAGGGCAAUUUUGUCAUUGACAGCCAAAAAGGUUUGAUCCGGCUGCGCUCCAGCCCGCCGCCUCGCCUGCAGGGCGUGGAGUACGUCCUCAACGUCACGGCCACAGAUGACAACUCCUCGGGCGGGCCACAGGCGCUGGCCUCCACAGCGCAGGUCAUAGUGGGAGUGGACGACGUGAACAACAACAAGCCUGUCUUUGAACAGUGUCAGCAGUACAGAGAGAGCACAGCGGUUCUGGAGAACCAGCCGGCCGGGUCAUUCGUUCUGCAGGUUCACGCUGUGGAUGCAGACGAAGGCUCCAAUGGCAGGGUCACAUAUGGCUUCAUGCACAAAGACUCUACAGUUCCUGCAUUCAGCAUCCACCCUGAUACUGGCAUGAUCGUGACUGCCAGGAAAUUUGAUCGUGAGCGUCAGCGGGAGUAUGCGGUGACAGUGACUGCCACUGACCAGGCAGCCGACCCCCUGAUCGGCAUCUGCCAGCUCAACAUUCUCAUCCUGGACCAGAACGACAACAGCCCGAAGUUUGAGAACCUCCGAUAUGAGUACUUCCUUCGUGAGGAUACGAUGAUCGGAACUAGUUUCCUGCGGGUGGCGGCCCAUGACGAUGACUUUGGCAGCAACGCAGCCGUCACAUACACCAUGUCUGGUGAGCAGCCGGAGUACCUCAGGGUCAACCCGCUGACGGGCUGGGUGUACGUCAACCAGCCCAUCUCCCAGAGGACAUACAUCACCAGGGAGAUUGUAGCAACAGACGGAGGAAACAAGAGCAGUUCGGUGGAACUGGCUGUCACCAUCACCAAUGUGAAGAACCAGCCUCCACAGUGGGAAAAAGACACUUACAGUGUGGUGAUACCGGAGAACACAGUUCGGGACACGCCUGUCGUGACCAUCAAAGCCACAUCCCCUCUUGGUGAUCCGAGGGUAACGUACAACUUGGAGGAUGGAAUGGUCCCAGAGACCAACAUGCCGGUUCGCUUCUACCUGACUCCCAAUCGAGAAGACGGCUCAGCCUCCAUUCUGGUGGCAGAGCCCCUGGACUAUGAGACCACCAGGAACUUUAUUCUGCGGGUUCGCGCUCAGAAUGUGGCAGCUGUACCAUUAGCUGCCUUCACCACGGUCUAUGUGAAUGUCACAGAUGUUAAUGACAACGUUCCAUUCUUCACUUCCUCCAUCUACGAGGCUUCAGUCACUGAAGGAGCAGAAUCAGGAACUUUGAUUUUCCAGGUAUCAGCCAAUGAUCUGGACCUGGGCCUUAAUGGCAAGAUCUCCUACUCGUUGCUGGAGGACCGCAGUGGGGAUCACAAGUAUUUCCGCAUCGACUCGGAGCUGGGCUUCAUCUACUCUCAGGCUGUGUUUGAUAGAGAGACCAAAAGCUCAUACCUUUUGGAGGUUCAGUCUGUGGAUGGCUGGGAGUCUUCGCGACCAGGAAAGCAUGGACAACCCAACUCUGACACAGCAUAUGUUCGCGUUUUCAUCAGCGACGUGAACGAUAACAAGCCCGUGUUUGCACAGGCGUCUUAUGAAGUUGAUGUGGAUGAGGACGCUGACGUGGGCUUUGCUAUUCUCACAGUUAGUGCCAAUGAUGGGGACGAAGGUGGGAAUGCGAAGCUGCGUUACCAGAUCACGUCAGGAAACACAGGAGGCGUGUUUGACGUGGAGCCAGAGGUGGGAACCAUCUUCAUCGCUCAGCCUCUGGACUAUGAGCAGAACAAAAGAUACAAGCUGCAUGUCCUGGCUUCAGACGGAAAGUGGGAGGAUUACACAACGGUGACGGUGAACGUGGUGAACAAGAACGACGAGUCGCCCGUGUUCACAGUGAACGAGUACUACGGCAGUGUGACCGAGGAGCUGGACGGUUCGCCUGUCUUUGUCCUGCAGGUAACAGCAUCUGACCCAGAUAAGGAUGCCGACCAGGAGGCCCUGCGGUACUCCCUCCAUGGCCAGGGCGCUGAGAGCGAAUUCAUAAUCGAUGAGGUCACUGGCAAGAUCUACGCCCAGAGGACGCUGGACCGCGAGGAACGUGCCGUCUGGCGCUUUGUCGUCCUGGCAACAGAUGAGGGCGGCGAAGGCCUAACGGGCUUUACGGACGUUAUCAUCAACGUGUGGGACAUCAACGACAACGCUCCCGUAUUCCCCUGCGCCCUCAGUUGCCACGGAGAUGUAGCGGAGAACUCUGCGAUCGGAACGUCUGUCAUGGAGAUGACUGCCACUGACCUGGACGAUUCGGCGGUGGGACAGAACGCUGUGCUCUCCUACAGGAUCGUGGGCAUCUUAGAUGCCACAAACGCCAAAGUGGGAGGAGUGCCCACCAUCUCAGACAUGUUCACCAUCAACCCCACCACGGGAACCAUCACCGUGGGCUUGGGUGGUUUGGACAGGGAGCAGGUGGAGUCCUACCUCGUCCUCGUCGAGGCCAGAGACGGAGGAGGGAUGACGGGAACUGGAACUGCAACCGUUCAGAUUACGGACGUCAACGACCACGCUCCGAGGUUCAUCGAUCAUUCCUGUCAGGCAAGGAUCUCUGAAAACUCAGAGCCCAACGCACAGGUUCUGGAGCUGGCUGCAGAGGACAGAGACACUGGAGAAAACGCUCAGCUGACCUUCAGCGUUGUGGCCGGAGAUCAAGAGCAGAAGUUCUACAUGGUCAGUCACAAGCAGGAGCAGCGUGGAGUCCUGAGGCUGAAGAAGCGCUUGGACUACGAGCGACACAGCGAACAGAAGUUCAACCUCACCCUGAAGGUGGAGGAUCUGGACUUCUCCAGCUUUCUGCACUGUGUGGUCGAGGUGGAGGACUACAAUGAUCACACUCCUGUCUUCAUUCCACACUUCCUGUCCCUUGCGCCGCUACCAGAGGACGUCAGCGUGGGAACCAGCGUGGCCCGUAUGGUGGCCAGUGACUCGGACUCGGGCCAGAACCGCGAAAUCACCUACAGUCUGUCAGAAGACUCGGACCCUGAGGGCCUGUUCACCAUCGACCAGUCCGGCCUACUCUCGGUGGCUCGGCCAUUGGACCGAGAGAAAACAGCGCAGCAUCACUUGGUUGUCAUAGCAACAGAUCACGGGAUGCCUGCUUUGACAGGCAGCGCCACAGUUCAGCUGCCCCUAUUGGAUGUUAACGAUAACGGACCAGAGUUUGAGGCUGCCUACUCUCCUGUCGUCUUUGAGAAUGUGGCUGGUCCACAGAUAGUGAGGUUGAACCAAACCUCGGCUCUCCUCCGAGCCGUGGACCGGGACUCUCCCGAGAACGGUCCGCCCUUUCACUUCACCGUCCCACCGGAGUAUCGCUACAGCAACGACUUCUACCUCCAGGACAACCUGAACGGCACGUCCACGCUGACGGCCCUCAGGACGUUCGACCGCGAGCGCCAGAAGGAGUUUCUCCUGCCCAUCGUCAUGAGCGACAGUGGUCACCCGGCCAAAACGGUGACCAGCACCCUGACUGUAACCAUUGGUGACCAGAAUGAUCAUGCUCACAUGGCCGGAGAGAAGCAGAUAUCCAUCAACAGCCACAGAGGCCGCAUGCCAACAACAGUUCUUGGAAAGGUCUACGCUCCUGACCCUGAUGACUGGGAUAAUAAGACCUACGUCUUUGAGGGACACAUGCCAAGUUACUUCAUCCUGAACAAGCGUACCGGGUUCCUUAUCAUCAAGGAGAACACCCCACCCGGCACCUACCAGUUCCAGGUCCGCGUAUCUGAUGGGAUUUGGCCCGACGCCGUCUCCACAGUAACCAUAUACUUAAGGGAGCUGCGAGACGAAGCCAUCUACAACUCUGCGUCCCUUCGCCUCGCAG